GCCAACAUAAAUGUACUAGGCCUUUCACCAAGUUUUUGAGACUUUACCAUCUCUUACACACAUAUCUAUUAGAUCAUUUUGUUCAGGUGAGAGUUGGAAAUGGCGAAAAUCGCCUUGGGAACAGGCCGAGAGGUCUUGCAGAUCGACUGCAUUCAAGCCCUUAUUGUGGAGUUCAUUUGUACCUUCCUAUUCGUCUUCGCCGGUGUUGGAUCGGCCAUGGGCGCCGAUAAGCUAAGUGGGGAUUCACUAGUGAGCCUAUUUUUUGUGGCCAUGGCACAUGCAUUGGUGGUGGGAGUGAUGAUAUCGGCCGGCUUUCGCAUCUCCGGUGGUCAUCUUAACCCUGCCGUGACGCUCGGUCUCUGUGCCGGCGGUCGUAUCACCGUCUUCCGAUCCCUUCUCUACUUUAUCGAUCAGUGUUUAGCCUCUGUUGCAGCUUGUGCUCUACUUCAUUACCUUACUGGAGGGUUGACAACUCCAGUACAUACACUUGCAAGUGGGGUGGACUAUUUACAAGGAGUAAUAAUGGAGGUUGUUUUGACCUUCUCAUUGUUGUUCACAGUCUAUGCUACUAUGGUUGAUCCCAAAAAGGGCAAUCUUGAUGGGCUGGGUCCAUUCUUAGUCGGUCUUGUAGUGGGGGCCAACAUCAUGGCUGGUGGGGCUUUCUCUGGGGCCUCAAUGAACCCUGCAAGGUCGUUCGGCCCGGCCUUGGUGAGCGGAGACUGGACCGAUCACUGGGUCUACUGGGUCGGGCCACUCAUUGGUGGUGGGCUUGCCGGGUUUAUCUAUGAGAAUUUCUUCAUUUUCAGGACUCAUCUUCCUCUUCCAACAGAAGAUGCAACUUUCUAGCUACGUGCCUAAUGGUUUAUUAUUAUGUUUGGGAGUACUGAAUUGGUGCGAUUGGAAGAAGUUUAGUUCAAAAUUUGUACUAAAAUUUCUCCAAUCCUAAAUUUAAGGCGCCGUUCGAUGCUGUCAAACAUAACAUAUGUGUUUUUGUUGUAAUGUUCUAUGAUUUCUAUUGUAUGUUUAGUUAAUCCUUUUGUAGCUUUAUUUGAAAGAUAACGUGUUUGUUUAAUUUUGUUGGAAUGUAAGUUUGUCAUAACUGUACCAAUAUAAAUGAGCAUAUGAUCGUUUUACUGUC